CCCCACCAUCAUCAAUCGAGUGCACUUGCAAAAUGUCAAAAUUAUGACUCUUCCCCUCUACAUCCACUGUUGACGUGACGAUUUACGACUUGAUCGCGCGAGAAUCACUACCGAUACUAUCGCAGGAAUAGCUUAUUAAAAUUAGACUUUUGGCUCUUUUUGAAAGCCCGACUUGCGAUCGUUCGUGCGACGGCACUCGACAUCGAUAAACCCCCACCUUAUUCUACAGAACCCGACCGAACCCUCUGAAUCCUCAAAAACACCGUCAAGAUGGCUCAAAAUCAACAUUGCCGUUUUUACGAGGAGAAGUACCCGGAGAUCGAUAGCUUCGUCAUGGUCAAUGUCAAGCAGGUCAGUAGCAACCUGAUCUGUCCGAAAGAACUGCCUCUGACCAAUUUCAGAUCGCCGAAAUGGGUGCCUACGUUAAGCUUCUAGAGUACGACAACAUUGACGGCAUGAUCCUGCUCUCCGAGCUUUCGCGAAGACGUAUUCGAAGUAUCCAGAAGCUCAUCCGGGUUGGUCGCAACGAGGUCGUCGUGGUGCUCCGUGUCGACAAGGAGAAGGGUUAGCAUCAAAUCAACGUCAGGCUGAACUUUGGGCAUGGAUAUUGAUUUUUGGGCAGGUUACAUCGAUCUUUCCAAGCGACGAGUCUCCCCCGAGGAUAUCGUUAAGUGCGAGGAGCGAUACAACAAGAGCAAGAUGGUCCACUCUAUCAUGGUGCAUCUCGCCGAGAAGACCAAGCUCGAUAUCGAGAGCCUCUAUGAGGCCAUUGCUUGGCCCCUAAACAAGCGAUACGGACAUGCCAUCGACGCUUUCAAGCUUUCCAUCACGAACCCCGAGGUCUGGAACGAUAUUACCUUCCCCAACGAGGUGGCCAAGGAGGAGCUCAAGUCAUACAUCGGAAAGCGUCUUACUCCCCAGCCCACCAAGAUCCGAGCCGAUAUCGAGGUCACUUGCUUCGGAUACGAGGGAAUCGACGCCGUCAAGACUGCUCUCCGCACAGCCGAGGCCCACAGCACCGAUGACACCCAAGUCAAGGUCAAGCUCGUGUCUCCGCCUCUCUACGUCCUUACAUGCUCGACCUUGGACAAGAACGUUGGUAUUACUUGCUUGGGAGAGGCCAUCGUCGAUGUCCGAAAGAGCAUCGAGGGUGCCGGUGGUAACUUGACAGUCAAGAUGGAGCCCAAGGCCGUCACCGAGAGCGAUGACGCUGAGCUUCAAGCAUUGAUGGAGAAGCGUGAGCGCGAGAACGCCGAGGUCAGCGGUGACGAGAGCAUGAGCGACAGCGACGAAAACAUCCCUGAGACCAUCUAGGUCAUGGACAGACGAAGAGUCUCCAGGUCAGGAUGAGUCGGCAAGACUGUUAGAGCCAUGCCAAAGUAGCCCGCGCACGAGCGGGUUGUUGGACACGGAAAAGGGUGUAAUAGAGGGCGUCUGGGAGGCUGAAAGGAAGCAUGUAUCCCGGAGUGCAAAGCAUCACUAAAAGUCCAGACUUUCAUGUAGUUCUUCCGAUGGUAGGAAGUGGCGUCUGAAACGGCGUUGAUAACGAACAGUUCUUUGAUUACUUGAGAUACCGUCUUUUCAUUGUGAUUAGUGUGUGUGUUUUUGGCUUGUUUUCAGUGGGACAUAACUUAGAUGAUGUUUCUUUAGAGUUAUGCUUCUGAAGUUUCAUGUUUAA